AUGAAUCCGCCUCUUCCAAAAGUUUUUGAAUCCUAUCACGGAAAAAGCAUUUUUAUCACAGGUAGCACUGGAUUCCUUGGAAAAGUUUUGUUGGAAAAACUUCUCUUUUCCUGUCCAGACAUUAAGAAAAUUUACAUUUUAAUUCGGGAAAAACGAGGAUUAAGCUCAAAAGAACGUUUCGAUAAAUUUAUAUCGCAUGAAAUUUUUCAUCGGAUCCGUCAAAAAAAUCCAAGUAUUUUGGAAAAACUUUAUCUCGUGGAAGGUGAUUGCUUAUCAGACAAACUUGGGAUUAAAGAAGACGAUCGACAACUCUUGAUCAGUUCCGUUAAUAUAAUUUUUCAUGUUGUGGCACAAGUUAAAUUCAAUCAACCCAUACAAAGUGCUGUCGACUUCAAUGUUAAUGGAAGUCUUCGAAUUUUGAAUUUGGCAAUGGAAAUGACGCAUUUGGAGCAUUUCGUUUACAUUUCAACUGCUUAUGUGAACCCUUGGAAGCAUCAAGUACCAGAAAAAGUUGAACCUUUUUCACUUACCGGUUGGAGUCCAAAUGAAAUUUUAAUACUGUCAGAAUCUCAAACUAAAAUUUUGAAUGGCCGAGUUAGUAAUGGUGGAAUUUAUCCAAACACGUAUACCCUGACGAAGCAUAUGGCGGAGCAUUUGGUCGUUUAUUUUUCUAAAAAGCUGAAAAAAUCUCACACAACUAUCGUACGACCUUCGAUAGUGACAGCAGCUGCUUAUGAACCGUUCAUUGGAUGGACCGAUAGCUUUAAUGGUCCGGCGGCAAUAAUGGUAGAAACAGCUAGAGGUACAAUUAAGAGUGUAAUUGGUGACGGAAAUAAAGUAGCGGAUGUCAUUCCGGUCGAUUUAGUGGCAAAUACAAUAAUUGCAAGUGUGUGGCAUCAAACAAUUGAGUGA